AUGAAUGGGAGGCCCUGUAGCAUGAGCUGCCAGACAACAGGUCUUCCCUAUGGAGCUGGGGCCAUCAGUGGACAGCAGAUCUCACCGGUGAGAGUUACUGCAGGARCACCCUGCCCACCUCCACACAGCAGCACCCUGAGGUCAGCUAAUGGGAACUCACCCGCCAGCCGACACCUGAAGAUGCCCCUUGGAGAAGGGGUCACUCCUCCGAGCAGCGCCGUUGGCAGCACGAUCCCCCUUCCUGCGCUAAGUCCCAGGAGACACGCGGUCGCAAACGGGAAGCCUCUCUUCCAAGUCCCACAGCCCCCAGGACUGCCAGCCCCACUGACUUUAAAGCCCAAACUGCAAGAUUUUGGAAAUACCUUCUCCCCAGGCACAGGUAAAGGAGGUCUUGGUUAUGGACCCCAGUACAAGUCCAUUGGAAAAGGCAGCUGCAACAAUCUAGUAGUCACCAGCAGUCCCAUGACAGUUCAACGGCUGGGACCUAUUUCUCCUCCUGCUAAUCAGGUCUCAACAGCUUGCAACCAGAUCAGUCCUAGCUUACAGAGGUCUGUGGAUGCUUCCAACCUGGGUGUACCUCCAUCUGAUACAAGGUCCCUCAUGUCAAGCGAGCCGCCGCUGUCCCCCGCAACGCAGAGCUUGCUGGAAAGUCAUUCAGCCCUGAGUGUGAAGCAAGAGUGGUCGCGUGGCUACCGGAUACUGCCUUCCCUUCCRCCCAGCCACGAUUCUCCAAACGGCAGCGACCUGGAGGACCUGCUCAAUUUUCCACCCGGAACACCCAUGUCCUGUGGCAGUGUCUCUAAUUCCCUGCCGUCCUGCUUGCUUGGCGUGGAAAACAGCCAUGCUGCCUACCUGAGCCCUUGCCACUCCGCAGCCUGGCCUCAGUCUUCCCGCUCCAAGAAGAGRGCGCUUUCCCUCUCCCCUCUCUCCGAUGGCAUUGGAUUCGACUUCAACACCAUCAUCCGCACGUCCCCGACCUCGCUGGUCGCCUACAUCAACAGCUCUCGGGCGUCACCAGCUAGCCUCUCCCCGCAGCCCGAGGUCUACGGACACUUUCUGGGCGUGAGAGGGAGCUGCAUCGCCCAAGCUUGCUCCAUCCCCAGCACCCACAAAGGCCUUCUGGUGGCCAACGGGAACGUCACCCUGCCCGGCCACGCCGAGCACCAGAGCAUGCAGCAGCUGGAGCAGGCAAGCCUGCCGCGGCCGGCACCGAGCAACAUGGCCCUGCAGCACGGCGMACCCGCCAUGGACAGCCAGCCUGUGGGCGCCUUGAAGAGCGAACAGCGCGACCAUUUCUCUGCCCGGGCAGCUGAGGUGGCUCCUCUCCCACUGCUUUUACCGCCACAGGGCCCGCCACCGCCGUACCACGCGCACCAGCACCGGCGUGCGCGCAGCCUCCUCGGCCUCCCGCGCGCCGCGGCCUCGGCCGCCACCCCSGGAGCGCUGCUGGAUGAGGACGGGGACCGGGAUGAUGUGGGCGGCAAGCACGGCUGCUGCUGGGUCGACUGCAGCGCGCUCUACGAGCAGCAGGAGGACCUUGUGCGGCACAUCGAGAAGAUCCACAUAGACCAGAGGAAGGGGGAGGACUUCACGUGCUUCUGGGCAGGGUGCCCGCGGAGGUACAAGCCCUUCAAUGCUCGCUACAAGCUGCUCAUCCACAUGAGAGUCCACUCAGGAGAGAAGCCAAACAAAUGCACAUUUGAGGGCUGCAAGAAGGCCUUUUCGAGACUGGAAAACCUCAAGAUUCACUUGAGGAGCCACACGGGCGAGAAGCCCUACCUGUGCCAGCACCCCGGCUGCCAGAAGGCCUUCAGCAACUCCAGUGACCGCGCCAAGCACCAGCGCACCCACCUGGACACGAAACCCUAUGCAUGUCAGAUUCCAGGAUGCACUAAACGGUACACGGACCCAAGYUCUCUGAGAAAGCACGUGAAAGCACAUUCUUCCAAAGACCAACAAGCCAGGAAAAAGUUGCGAUCGAGCUCGGAGCUUGACCAGGACAUCCUGAAUGACUGCCUGACAAUCCAGCCUCUCCAGCCUUCCCCUUCACCACACGAUGCAGCAAAUACCAUGAGACUGUCCCCAGAGUCACCUCAUGAGAUCUACCCAGCUGCCGUGUUCCCCGGCCUCCAGAUGAGCCAGAGUGCCACCACAGCGGUGGGAGCCGUGUCCUUGUCCCAGCCAAUCAACCUCUCCUCCCCGGGGUGCAACAUGCAGGGCAGUCCUCACCAUCCACAUCAACAGCUACCUCUUCUCUCAGCUGUGGACUCUGAGAGGUUUGUUGCUCCGGCGCCUUCUCCUCACCACACGAGCCCACAGAGGGUCCCCGUUGCAGCCGCGCUGGUGCAGAGCGCGACGCCGCAGCCUCCGCUGCCUCCGCAGACGACGGGGAUGCACCUCAAGACGUACACGGCGGCAGCACCAGCAGCAAACCCUCCUUUCCAACCAAACAGCCUCCACAUCCAAGGUUUUUAUGGACAGCUUCAGACUUUCUGCCCUCCCCAUUAUGUGGACACUCAGAAGAGUGUGCAGCAUAGUGUGUCUUGCAGUAUGGUUCCUCCUUUUGAAGACACCUUAGCUCCCACACCAGUGAGCCAGGCAGGGUCUGGUGCCUUCCAUCGAACCUUUUCAGCUCAUUCUGGUAUUACAGUUUAUGAUUUCCCACCAGGACCCACAGGUAUCUUCGGUGAUUCAACAUACAGCUUGCCUGAGGACAGCAGUUUCCUACAAAUAAGUGCAGUGGAUCGUUGUCCCAGCCAACUUUCUUCUGUCUACACUGAAGGCUAAUUCAUUCCAACUCAUAUUGAACUGGAUUCCAUAUCAUCCUGCCCUUUUGACAUUUCACUGUCAAUUUUUCUCUCCAUAAGACUGCCAAGUAUGUAUGGGGAUAUGGGUGAAUAUACAUACG